AUGGUGGCACGUGGAUCAGAUAGUGUAUGUCGUUGGUGGAGUAUUGGUUCAUUUCCGGGCAAGACAAAACCGGUGGAUGGAGAAGCCCAUGCGGCACUGUAUGCGAUGUGUAUUGCUCGUAGUAAAGGAUGGGACUCGAUCAUCUUGGAAGGAGACUGUCUCCAAGAGAUUAAUCCUAUGCGUCUGAGAGAUGACUUUGUCCCUUCUUUUGGCGCUUAUAUUGAAGGCUGCAUAAACAUGAUGUCGUUUUUCUCUCGUUGUACUUUUUCCUUUAUCAGACGGCAAGGCAAUAGCCUGGCUCAUUCUUUAGCGACAAUGGCUUGUAUGGAAUAUGCAGAUGGGAUUUCACUUCCUUCUUUUUUGGCCUCUGGUACCUAA